AUGGACAAGCAGAAUCAUGACAUUGUUGUUCAUUUUAAGAACUCUAUAUUCACCAUUAAUGGGGUCAACUCUGAUAGGUAUUGUUGUAUGGAUAUGGUGACAGAUGUUGCACAAGUUCCUAAUGUUUUUAUUGGUGAUAGUGUGUCGAAGGAAAUGUUUUCUUUGUAUAGAAAUUGUAAGGAGAUACAUGUAUUUGUGAAUACUGAAAUUGGGUCUCAAGUAGAACUCUCACCUCCUUUAGAUGUAGGAAUAGCUGAAGACUAUACUGAAAUUGAUGAUGUCAGACAAACUGAUGAAAAUGAUGACAAUGAACCUAAUGGUGAAAAUGAUGCAAAUAGGCAUGAAGUUGAUGAUAUAAAUGGGGAUAAACACACGAUGGGGGUGGUGAAAAUGAUGACAAUGUUUCUGGUUUUAGUUAUGAGGAUGAGGACUAGAUAG